CUGGGCAGAUGCUCAAACUCAAUCCAAAACAUUGCUGCAUCUUUUGACCAGGAAGCAGCUGCCAUUCUCAUGGCCCGGCUGGCAAUAUACAGAGCAGAAACAGAGGAAGGGCCAGAUGUGCUUAGAUGGCUGGACAGACAACUCAUUCGACUGUGUCAGAAAUUUGGAGAAUAUCACAAGGAUGACCCAAGUUCCUUCCGGUUUUCAGGAACAUUUCCCCUUUAUCCACAGUUUAUGUUUCACUUGAGAAGAUCUCCUUUCUUGCAAAUUUUUAACAAUAGUCCUGAUGAGAGUUCAUAUUAUCGUCACCAUUUCAUGCGUCAAGAUCUGACACAGUCUCUAAUCAUGAUUCAGCCCACUCUGUAUGCCUAUUCUUUUAAUGGCCCAGCAGAGCCCGUUCUUCUGGACAGCAGCAGCAUUCUUGCGGAUCGCAUUCUUCUCAUGGACACGUUUUUCCAGAUUUUGAUUUAUCAUGGUGAGACUAUAGCACAGUGGCGGAAGUCAGGAUACCAGGACAUGCCAGAAUAUGAGAACUUCCGGCACCUUCUGCAAGCCCCAGUAGAUGACGCCCAGGAGAUUCUUCACUCCAGAUUUCCAAUGCCGAGAUACAUUGACACGGAGCAUGGUGGAAGCCAGGCACGUUUACUUCUUUCAAAGGUGAACCCUUCACAGACUCAUAAUAACAUGUAUGCCUGGGGGCAGGAGUCUGGAGCACCCAUUCUCACAGAUGACGUUAGUUUACAAGUGUUUAUGGAUCAUUUGAAGAAACUUGCUGUGUCAAGUGCUGCUUGA